UAAAAGCCCUUGGGCAGAGGAGAAACACGGGUUGGACUUCAGCAGUCAGCUUCAGGAACUUCUGUUAACCCGUCCAGAAUGGCAGAACCAGGAGUGUUUGCCGCCAGACGGCAUGAAGAAACAACGAGAGAAACUAUGUUCACCUACACCAACAGCAAUAACACCAGAGAUCCUUUUGAGGGCCCCAACUAUCAGAUUGCUCCAAGAUGGGUCUACAAUCUGGCAACACUUUGGAUGUUUAUGGUGGUCGUCGCGUCAAUCUUCACCAAUGGCCUGGUACUUGUGGCAACUGCAAAAUUCAAGAAGCUUCAACACCCUCUCAACUGGAUCUUGGUCAACCUUGCAUUAGCUGACAUUUUGGAGACAAUUUUGGCUAGCACCAUAAGUGUUUGCAACCAGUUUUUCGGCUACUUCAUUCUGGGUCAUCCAAUGUGCGUCUUUGAAGGAUUUACUGUUGCCACUUGUGGUAUUUGUGGUCUAUGGUGCCUGGUUGUCAUCUCCUGGGAGAGAUGGAUUGUGGUCUGCAAGCCCUUUGGAAACGUAAAGUUUGAUGCCAAAUGGGCCAUGGGAGGCAUCAUCUUCUCCUGGGUCUGGUCUGCGGGCUGGUGUGUCCCUCCCAUCGUUGGCUGGAGCAGGUACUGGCCCCACGGCCUGAAGACCUCGUGCGGACCGGACGUGUUCGGAGGCAAUGAGGAUCCGGGAGUGUUGUCCUACAUGAUCUGGCUCAUGAUAACAAACUGCUUCAUCCCCCUGGGCAUUAUCAUCUUCUGCUACAUAUUUGUGUGGAUGGCCAUCCACGCUGUUGCCCAGCAGCAGAAGGACUCUGAGUCAACGCAGAAGGCUGAGAGGGAAGUGUCCAGGAUGGUGGUGGUCAUGAUUUUCGCAUACUGUUUUUGUUGGGGACCUUACACGACAUUUGCCUGCGUGGCGGCGGCAAACCCGGGUUAUGCUUUCCACCCUCUGGCUGCUGCAAUGCCGGCAUACUUCGCCAAAAGCGCCACCAUCUGGAAUCCAGUCAUCUACGUCUUCAUGAACAAACAGUUCCGUUCUUGCAUCAUGCAGCUCUUUGGUAAGGCAGAAGAUGAUGGCUCUGAAGUAUCAACAUCAAAAACAGAGGUCUCCUCCGUGGCUCCUGCAUAAACCCCCGACAACAUUAUACCUGCUGGAAACAAAUCUUGAACACUCUGAUGAAAUUUUCCACCUGGGACUUUUCAAAUGUACAGUACAUCCUCUUAAGUUUCUUAAUAAUUAUUUCCUACAAGCUCUGUGAAGAUUUUUAAGCUUUACCUCAUUCAGUUGUCAAUGUGUGUAAAAACAUUACUCCCAUUGCUAUAUGGACCACACUUAGGAGUUUUUAAAUUACCCAUAUUCUUCAACAACCAAGUCUUCAUAAGGUACUUGCUAUGCAUGCUUUGAGUGGCACGUUGUGGGAAAAUAAUACCUACCAUCAAGUUCUGUCAAAUAGUGUCUGUAAUGGAGAACAUUCCCUUCUCUCUGCAGACAGGGAAUUCAAGACAGCUAAGGACAACAUCAAUUCUGAUCAUUUCAAUUUUUGUGAAUAAUCAACAUUUUAAGAAAACAUGUUUUGGUAAUGUAUGAGGUAAACAUUUUGUAGUCCUCUUGCAAAUAAAAAAUAAAUAAAAAAAUCAUAA